GAAAAAAAUGUCAGCCCCCAUGUAGAUUUCCUCAAGAAAAAAGCGACAAAAGGAAAUAAGAUAUCUUACUCAAGAUGAGUAGAAAAAGGACAUUGAUGCCUGAAUUCUACAAAAAGAAGAAAGUAUGUACAGAAUCUCGUAACAAAGUACCUAUAACUGAUGCUGAAAGGGAAGAAGUAUCUAGAGUGCCAACUGAUACAGAGGUGUAUUUGCUGUAUUUUAAAAACUUAUUUCCAUUAGAUAAAUUUGAACAUCGACUUCCACCAAUGGUACUGAAACAUCAGUUAUACAGUUUGAACAAAAACAGAACUGUUGUUGAUAAAGAGCUGAAUGAUCUGAAAAAUAAAGGUUUGAUAAAGAUAUUUAAGAUAGGAUCUGAGUUUGAUGAAUAUGCAGUUGUGUUUACAGAAGAUUACAGAUGUCAUGUGACCCGAGUUAUGGCUGAAGUUUCUGUGCCAAAAAAUAUAGCAGAUAAAUUUGUUAACACCAUUGUGAAGAGGUGUAAUGAUGUAUAUGUAAAUAAAGAUACAUUGAUAAAAGAAUAUAACUUUAAAGACGACGAUAUUACGCAACUUCUGAAAGCCACAGUGUUAACAAACAGAACUGUUGGUAGUUGGUGGUUAGCUGUACCCAAUACUGGAAUGUUUAUGAAAAGUUUACUGCGUGGGAGGAAAGCCAUACUAACCAUGAUAAAAAAAAGCAAAUACAAGGAAAUACUCAAAAAUGAUUUAGAACAGAGAAAAUUACCUAAAAUGUGUCGUUUAGGAUUAACAUAUCAUCUACAAGAUAUUAUUGGUGCUGAUCUGAUACUCAGUAUACAAACAACCUCGGGACAGCUGCUAAGAUUGAAAGAUUGAUGAAAACUCUCAUUAGAAUGUGAUGUAUGAAGACUGGGAUGUUAUUGAUGAUGAUGAUGCUGUGUGUUUGUAUUGUUCUUUGUUAAACACAUGUAUUUAUUAGUUUGAAUGUGAUAGGGAAUUUUUUAUGAGUACAGUACUUGUUAAACUUGCAUGGUUCCUGUUUAAACAUGACCAUGUAAACAAAAUUGUUCUUCUUCAGAGUAGGAAUUCUAAAGAAUUAUGAAUUCAUUUUUUUUGUUUUGUUUUUUAAAUUUUUGUAUCGAACACAAAGUGUUGCAUUGGUAAAAACAUGCUUGAGUUUUAAAAAUUAAUUCUACAAGUCUCUAUUUUUCUUGUAGCUAUUAGUUUAAAUCUGAAACAUGAAUUUGCUAUUGUUUUAUUUUUAAACAAAAUAGAAAUAUCAAUGAAAAUUUCUGAUAUUGUAUAAGGAAUGACAGUCUUAUAAACAAAGUAACAAGAAGCAUUUAAAAUGUCAAGUAACAUUGUAAAUUAUCCUAACUAGAAUUAACAGAAAUAUUUUAAAUAACUGAUAAAUGUUUUAUGAGGUAGCCAUAUAUGUGAAAAAAUGUUAUAUAUGUGAUAGUUUAUUUUGUAUAAUACCAAAAUUAUUUAUAUAUGAUAGUAUAUUAGCUGUUUAUUUAUUUAUUUGAAUUAAUUUAUUAUAUGAAUGUCUGAUCACUACAUGUGUCCAGUUAUUCAAAAUAACCAUCCUUUUAUCAUGAGUUUUUCCACUUCUCUGGACAGCAAUAGGAUUUUUUUUAAUGAUUGAAAGUUAUUCCUCAAAACAAUGGUCAAUAUCUUAGUUAAAACCAGGCUAAACUAACACAUUAUAUUAAGUGUUAUGAGGUUUAAGGUAGUCUUGAGCUAGACAUAUUGAAAUAAGUAUAAAUGUUUCAGUAGCAUACAAACCCCCCAAAACAGAUAUGUCUGUCAAAAAAUAUCUAAUGAUUUCUGGUUAGAUUUCAGAUAUUUCAAGAAGAUUCUAAAAAUUAUUAAUUAUCAUCAACAUCCUAUAGGAAUUUUGCCCUUUAAUGACAAGUUUUACCCAAUAUUGUGUUUUGGCAAUCAUAUUGAAAAUUUUAAUAGAUAGAGAAAACACUGUAACAGAAAAAAUUAUCAGCAGCCAAUAAUUUAGGCCAUUAUAAAAAAAAUCAUAGUUGUAUAAAACUUGGUUUCAAACAUAGUUAAUUACUUUGUGAGUUAAAGAUUGCUGCCACUAGGUUGUUUUGUUUCUACGUCAAGCGAUGUGACCAAAUUACACUGGUUAUGUAUAGAAACAAAAAUAUCAACUAAAUUGGAAUAGUUUAAUAUGACUGAAAUGAGGGUGUACGAACAUUCUGAAAUAAUUUAUCAUUUUCUAAAAAAUGCAGCAUCUCAUCCCCAAACUCUUUAAAAGGGCCCCUAUAAUAUCUACAUGUAAGAGCAAGGUGGACAGGGUUAGGGACCUUGGACUUCUGAUAUAUGGAACCUUUGGUUCAAGGGUGGUGGGCUAGGAGUAGAGUGGUCAGAAAGCAUGAGAACUUGAGUGGGCUGGAGGAAAAUCAAAAUAGGUGACAAUAGAAAAGUUCAGGGCUACCUAGUGAUUAGGAAUAAAGGGAUGACCAUUUUGAUAUUCCAUUGGGGCGAUGGGACUUGUGUGGUUCUUGUUUAAACAUUGCCAUGCAAAAAAAAAAUAUUAAAGAAAAUUUAAUGCAAAGCACAAUGCAACAUAAAUAUUUGUAUUGCUAUUCAUUUACAACAUUAUUUUGGUUGAGGAUAUUUGAUGUAGCUUCUUGAAAUGCCAAGAUGUUGAGAUUCAAACCCUUUCCUCCCCCUUUUCCUUUACCAAAGUUUUUUUUUUUAUGCAUGCAGGCCUCAGAUGAAAUUUUUAGAUAACAACUCUUCAAAUAAUAAUCUACAUUAUCUUUUUGCGUUUCAUUCAACUUACAACUUUUCCACAAUCUAGUAUCUCAAUAAUCUGCAACAAGCUCCUCAUCUGAAAAUGAUGUACUUGGGUGUACACUCAUUAGAAAACUUCUUAAAAAACAAACAGACAUAAAAAUACCUGACAACACCUGAGGGAGAGAACAGUAUACAUUGGUAGCCAGAAACAAACCAGUCCACUGUUGCUUAAAGUUUUGAUGUUGAGUAUUUUUGGAAUCCAAGGAGCCUCUAGUUUGUGUUGUUUGUAGAAUGUACAAAUGCAUGAAUUAUUUAUUCAAACAAUUAAAAAUUGUAGUUUAGUUGAUUUUUGUGAUGUAAAGCUCAAAUCUACAAGAUAAGUUUAACUUAUGAAUACUUUUGUAUGAAAGCAGGUUUUAGUGUUAAUAAGAUGGAAUAUAGCACAAAUGACCUUGACUCAUCAGCAAAAUACUAAGUGUUUUUAUCUUUGAAUCUGUAAGAAAGUGCAGAAAUUGUACACAUUUCUUUCUUUUAUAUUUUUAUAAAUGUUAUCUAACAUUGUGACAGUUGCUCUAGUUUCUUAUCUCUUAAAAUAGUAUCAAAGCGGUAGUAGAAGUACCUCCCAAUAUACACUACCCUCAUUUUAGAAUAUGUAGCUAUGGAAUGGUUCCUAAUUACAUGUGUAUUUGUGCUAUAUUUUGUAACUAAUUUAGGUUUCAAUAAAUAUAAAGUUUUAAUAAUUUCCUUACCUUUUCAGCUUGCAUAGCCCAUAUGUGAUUUGUUACUAUAAAUUUCCAUCAUUAAUCAGCUAUUCUCUCUUUUAUGUUGUCCUCUGAAACAACUAGGCUAAUUUAAAGACAAAAGUAGCAGAAAAUAUGGUAUAUUAUAUAAUGAUACCACUGGUUUUGGUGGGGUUCAUGUUGCUUAUUCUUUAAUAUUCUCUGAAGUGUUUGUAAACUUUUUUUUGUUUUUUCUUUUGUUUUCUUCAUUGCAAUAGUGUUGUCUAUCCUUCUUGGAAACGACAAUAUUUUACUGCCUCCUGGGAUUUUUUAUUUCCUCAUUUACAUAGUCAUUUAAGACAUGUCUGAUCAUUAUGUAACAUUGAGUAGCAACCCAGUACUUUCAAUAUUUUAAUGAAUAUUAGUUUUCAUAAUACCUCAAGACAUGUUCUCCAUCUUCUAGUUAAAUUGUUACAGUGAUGCUGAUCUAUUCAGUAUUAAAUCAUAGAAUCCACUUUGUUUGAUAGUUUUUAGGAUUGUUAUGAAAGUUUUUGUAUAUCACUUGGCCAGUAGGGUUCAGUUCACCAAGAACUUAUUAGAUAUAUGUAUAUGUAAGUUAUAUAUAACUUUUUAAGAAACUACAUUUAUAAAAGUCUUACAAAAAUGUGGAAUGGUGUGUAGGACUCUGCAUUGUACCUUUUAGUUAUAGAUAGAUGCAUAUUGAUAAUUGUAUUGUAUUAAAGAACUGACAUGUGAUCUAAUAAUUAGAGAUUUUUAUGGUCGGAAUUUUGUUUUCUGGUAGCAUUAAGUUUGAGAUCAAACAUGUUUGUCAUAAAUUAAGUGAUUUGAUAUGCUGAGUGAUUAACAAAUUUUGUAUAUCAAAGUUAUGUAUAAUCCCAAGUUGAGGGGUCAAUUAAUGAAUAAGAUUUAUACUACUUUUAUUAACCCUAUCAUGUAGGUACAGUUUUUUACGGGUGACUGCUAGGUACUAUAAACUGUUUUAGUCCUCCCUCAGUGUUCUAUUAUUUCAGAGGGUUGCAUUUUCAUAAUCAUUUUACAGAACAUAUUUCUGUAAUACAUCUAGACUAUUUUCUAUGGUUUCCAGUAUAAUUUAAUGAUUGAAGGAUUGAAAAAUUCACACAUGGAAAGAUUAGGUGCUAGAAAUUGUUUUUUUUUGGUUGAGUGGGCUUUAACUUUUUCUGAUAGUGCAAACAAGGCAAGCAUGCGAAAAGUCUAGAAAUGUUCGAAACAUAAAUAUUUCUUUUGAUGAAGUGAAGGCCUGAAAUUGCUACCUUUUAUUUAAGAUUAAAUUAGAACUAAGAAUAGUAAAAUUUGUCAUUUUUGCUGCUUGUUUGAUUGAAAAUUUUGCAGAAUCAAGAAAAGUUACAUUCACUACACCUUUAAUUGAAAUCCAUUGUUACAAGUUUCUUCAACAUAAGGUAUACUGGAAUUAAACUGUAACAAGUUCAAUGUGUGUUUUUUUCUUCAUUUUUUUUUACUUAUUCAAAGACAUAUGUUGAAUUUCAGAAUUACCAGGUGUAUGUGUAUUUGUUCAUAAAAACCA